AAUAAAUUAACACUAUUAAGAUAAUCAAUUAUUUCCAAAAAGCCAUCGCUGUGAUACGACUAUAGAGAUGAACAAGCUGCUUCCUGCCCUGGUCGAGCUAUACCGAUUGGUCGUAUACCACAGCAAACCUUUCUCCGUGACUAUAGGGGUGUGGGCUAUCUCUCUUCGACCGGGUUAUUUCGUUUAGUAGCCAACAUCCCCUCAACAUUUUACAUCGCAUCACGCGACUGCAGAGGUACGGGCGACCCGCUUUGGCCCAGGCGCUAGUUGCCCAAUUCAAAGCCAGUUUUUCUGUGGUAAAAUCUUCCACCGUAUUCGCCAGGUAUUAAGCGCCGCGCUCUCCAAUCCGUCGCACCACGUAUUCGAUUCCCGCCCUAACACCUCGUGACACGCGCACGCCGCGUGAAUCCCCGCUGAUACCGCGUUAUUAAAAUCACGAGGUCGAUAGCAUGCGCAUAACUUAAUGUCACGCUGAUAGGCUAAUUAAUGUAUCAAAUCAUAUCUGCGUAAUUUGGUAUUAUAAUCCAUUAAUGUAAAAUGAAUAUGUUUAAAUACAUUUGCUUUGUAAAAAUGAUAAUUAUGUACAUUGUGUCCCCGAAUCUGUUUCCCCUUUCUAGCUUCGACUCAGAUUAUCCGCGCACCGUCCGGAGCAAGAAAAAAGACGGGUCGUUACAAUUUCAAGAAACAUAGAUUCUAAAGUGCAUACUCUAUGCAAUUUGGGCAACUAACGAGGAUUCGCGUUCACUAUUGUGAUGGCGGACAAGUACGGUAACAUUGUGCAUCAUGUUUGGCAGGAGAUGACCAGUGAAGAUAAGAGAUACGUAGCGGAACAUUUGAAUGAAACUGACGAAAUUAGAGAGACCGCUAUUGCAGAGAUUAGACACUGGAUCAAAGAAAGCGAUGAUUUCCCCGCAAAAAUCGAUGAUUUUCUUAUUCUGCGAUUUUUGAGAGUUGGCAAAUUUGAUCUUGAAAAAACUAAGAGUAGAAUUCAAAGCUAUUGUAAGCAGCGAUCCAAGUUACCGGAAUGGUUCAUAAAUAAAGAUCCAUUCCAACCAGAACUGCAGGAGUUGCUUGAUUUGGGAAUUUAUUUGCCUUUGCGGAAACCGGACAGUCAAGGAAGAUUGAUUAUGCUUAUACGCACUACUGUGCAUGAUCCAGAAAGAAAUAAAGUAUCAGAUAUAGUUAAGUACUAUAUAUUAGCGAUGGAAACGGCGAUAAAACAUUAUCCCGCAUCAUCUAUAUAUGGUUGCUCACUCUUAUUAGAUACAUUUAACCCAACUGUACGCCACGUUAUUCAAGUUAAGCCCUACGAAUUAAUGAAUGUGGUCCAAUUGUGGAAUAACACUUAUCCUAUGAGAUGUCAGAAAAUUGUUUUUUUUAACGUGCCAUUAAUUUAUGAUAUUAUUGUGAAAAUUAUGAGAUCUUUUAUGACAGCAAAGAUGAAGACCAGAUUACAAGUCUAUUCAGAUGCGCUUCACUGUUUCGAAGAUAUUCCAGCUAAUAUCUUGCCCGUCGAAUAUGGUGGUACAGAUGGUACACUUCAAGAAUUAACAGAAUAUUGGAAAAAAAUGAUCGAGGAAAAUCGUGAUUGUCUUACAAAAGAUGAAACUGACCAAACAACCCACACAAUUGAACCUGAAGAGAUAAAUUUUGAAGAGAUCACUCAUCUAUAAAUUUUUCGACUACAAAUGAAUUAACACACUCAAGAUAAUUAUUUAUUAAAAGAUAAGAAUUUAUCGGAUCCUAAAGUGCAUGUAAACUGUACUACGUACAUACAGAUUCGUAUAACAAUUUUAUGUAAUAUAAUAUUUAUUUUUGUAAAAUAUUUAAAAAAUUAAUCAAAUAGGGCCGCAAGUUUCUUACGAUCGAUGAAAAUAACAAAAUCGAAUAACAUUUUAAACCAGACUUAGCUGUUAGUUCAGUACAUUUAGAAUUGGCCAAAAAUGUUUGUUUUUAAAACUACUUCGAAUGCAUUGUAUUUUCUUUUGCAUACCUUAUUUUACAAAUUUGAUAAAAAAUUUCUUUUUUUUUGCUGGUAUGUGUUGAUAUAUUUCAUCAAUGAUAUAAUAACAAACACGCAAGUAAAAAAUAAAAUUUUUGUGGAAGAUGGUACUUAAUGUAUAUUUCUUACUUAAACGGAAAUAAGGAUAAGGUAUUUAUAUUAUUCACCGGUUAUUAAUAAUUUUUUUCUGUAGUAUAUCUUGUGUAAUGAUUUUACUGUAUUUAUUUUACUUUACCUUACAAUUAUACAUAUAAUAAACAAUAAUAAUAAAUUAUACCUAUCCAUAUGUAAAA